UUUGUUUAUUGGGCCAAGAGAUUGGGCUAUCGAAUAUCAGGGUUUCUGAGGGCCAGCAAACUGGCCUCCAAAAUCUGCAGUAACCAGCCAUUGAAAGACCACCAAUUUCAACUUCCCUCCAAAAGGAAUCCAGAACCAGUUCGCACUUUAUUCCUGCAAAAGAAAGCAAGGAAUCAAUCAAAAAAAUGGGUAAAGAAAAGCAAUAUUGGCUGCUCAAAACUGAACCAGGAGAAUGGUCAUGGGAUGAUCAAGCAUCAAAUGGAGGAAUAACAAAUUGGGAUGGAGUCAAAAAUAAACAAGCCCAGAAAAACCUCAAAGCCAUGAACAUCAAAGAUCUAUGCUUCUUUUACCAUUCGGGUGCUAAAGCUCGUCGCGUGGUUGGUGUUGUGGCGGUAGUGAAAGAAUGGUAUAGUAACGAUGAUGAUGAGGUAGUUGUGGAUGUUAAGGCGGUCGGGGAAAUGAGGAGGCCAGUUGAUUUGAAAGAAAUGAAAAAUGAUGAUGGGUUGAGUGAUUUUGCUUUGUUUAGGCAGCCUCGGCUGUCGGUUGUGCCGGUUCCCAAGGAGGUUUGGGAGAGGGUUUGUGAAUUGGGUGAUGGGUUUGAAGGGGACGGAAAUGAUGAUAAUCAAGAACAAGACUAGUUUGUUGCAACUUUAUGUUUUGCUUUCUUUUGGUAAAAAGAAGAAAAGUCCUAAAGUCAGUAGUAAGGCAGGGCUUUUGUUGCCAUCUCUGUGAUUCUCGCAAGGAGAAUGCUAGUAUUGUAUAUAUAUAUAUAUAUGUGUGUCUGUGUGUGUGUAUGGAGUAUUUACUUUUUGUUAAAAGCUUUAUCUUGCUUAUAUGAAUGGUAAAGUGACAUCAAAUUAGCAGUUUA